AUGCUGAGCGAGGAGGCCAUGCAGGCGGCGGUGGAGGAAGGGGGGGCCAAGCUCUACAAGACCCCCCCGCAGCAGCAGCAAGCCCCGCAGCAGCGCAGCCCCUACAGCGCGCUCAAGACCUUCCCCGGGGGGCGUCGGCCGGCGCUGAGCAAGCGCUACGAGCGGCCCACCAUGGUGGAGAUCCCGCAGGUGCGGGGGCCCGUCGGCCACUUCCAACCGCAGCCCCUGCCGGCCGUCGCCUCCUCUUCCUCGGCGCUGGGCGAGCCUCCCCCGCUGCCCUACCCGGCUCCGGCCCCCUUCCGCGCUUCCCACGGACCCCAGGCGCGGAGUUCGGCCCCGCAACUGGGAGCCCAGGCGCCGGCUGCGGCUGCUGCUGCUGCCGCCGCCGCCGCCCCCUCCUCUUCCUCCUCCUCUUCUUCUUCCUCCUCCUCCUCUUCCUCGUCGGCCAGGUACGGCCAGCAUCACCACCACCACCACCACCAUCACCACCAGGGGGCGCCAAGCAGCAGCACCGGCGAAGGGGCUCUGGAGCUGAGCGCAGAGAGUCGUUUGAUCUUGGAUGCUUUUGCUCAGCAGUGCAGCCGAGUCCUUAGCCUGUUAAACUGCGGCGGGAAACUCCUGGACAACCAUCGUCCUCCUCCUCCUCCGCUGCCUUCCUGCGUGAAGCAAGAAAGCCAGGCUUUCAAUGAGAGACCCGAGCACUGCCAGCUUGGGAAGAUGGUGCACAGCCAAGCCUCCGAAAACUUCGACUUCGAAUUGCAGUACAUGCAGAAGAAGCAGCAGACCUCGGCUUUCUUGCGGGUGUUCACCGAUUCGCUCCAGAACUAUUUGCUUUCCGGAGGUUUCGCCGCGCAAAACCACGCCUCCUCGGCUGGGGAUUUUGGUCCUUUGGCCGACAUGGAGCCGCUGUCCACUUCUCCGGCGCACACCUUGGGGGGAUGGGCUUCCCCCGCGACUUCGGAGUCCCACGGACACCCGUCUUCUUCCACGCUCCCCGAGGAGGAGGAGGAAGAGGAGGAAGGCUACUGCCCUCGGUGCCAAGAGUUGGAGCAGGAGGUCAUUUCGUUGCAACAAGAGAACGAAGAACUGCGGAGAAAGUUGGAGAGCAUUCCGGUGCCCUGCCAAACUGUUUUGGACUAUUUGAAGAUGGUCCUUCAGCAUCAUAAUCAACUCAUGAUGCCGCAGACGGUGGAGCAGCCGGCAGAGGGGAGCAAGCAAUUGCUGAACAAUUACCCCGUCUUCAUCACUAGCAAACAGUGGGACGAGGCCGUCAACUCUUCCAAGAAAGACGGGCGGCGUCUCCUUCGGUACCUCAUCAGAUUUGUCUUCACCACCGAUGAGCUUAAGUACUCGUGCGGCCUUGGAAAACGAAAAAGGUCAGUGCAGUCAGGAGACACUGGUCCUGAAAGACGCCCUCUGGAUCCAGUGAAAGUAACAUGUCUCAGAGGUACUGCAUGUUUUCACUCAACGUCCACCACCAUGCACAAUCUCAUUUCACCCCAUUAG